UAUUAUAACUGUCAUUAAUUUUAAUGGGAAAUGACUUAUCUUCUCUUCUCUCACUUUUUUAUUGUCUCUCUUAUCAAAAUGAGCACACUCUCUUACACUAAUGUGAGUAUGUGACCCCCACAAUGUGACCCCUUUAAUAUGUAUAGGCCACUUUUUAAAAAUAUUUUGCAGGAUGCUCCUAGUUGAUAAGGUUGUAAACCUCCGCCAUUAAAACGCCAACGCUAAUAACAAAAUGUUAGCGCCAAAUCAAACACAUCAGACUCUUUCUCUUUCUCCGCCGCAACCGUCGUCUCUCCCUCCCAACCACGCCACCAACCUCCUUCUCCGUCGCCGCCACCUCCUCAGCACCACCGCAUUCACCAUCUCCUUCAAUCUCAACAUCCCGUUCACAACCUCGCUUCCCAUUUCAGAGCCAGUAGCCAGCGCCAGCGGCCUCUUCCUCAUGCCCCCGCCGCGCCUCACCAACCGGUAUUUUCUGGUGAGGGCAGGGGAAUCAGAGUUCGAGAGGAUUGGAGUGAUCAACACGAACCCGGUGGCGAAAACUUCAGUGGAUAGUGGUUUAUCUGAGAGAGGGAAGAAGCAGGCGGUGAGAGCAGCUUUUGAUUUGAAAGAAAUGGGUGCAUGUGACAAUAACUGUUGGAUAUGGCCUGCUAUAACUCAGAGAGCUUACCAGACUGCUGAGAUUAUUGCUUCUGUUAAUGCAGUUACUCGAAGUUAUAUAGUCCCAGAAUACAGCUUUCUGGAUGCCCGUGGAUUAGGUGCUUAUGAAGGAAAAAAUUUGGAAUCUGUUUCAGAAAUAUAUGUAUCAGAUGGAAUGUCUCCAAACAUCAAACCUCCCCCCACUAAUGAUGGAACUCCAAAUGAGUGUGUUGCAGAUGUUUUUGUUCGUGUGACACAACUCAUGUCAAUUCUUGAAACUCAAUACUCCGGUGACACGGUUGUUAUAGUCUCGCCAGAUUCUGACAACUUGUCAAUCCUUCAGGCUGGUUUGAUAGGGCUAGACCUGCGAAGGCACAGGGAUUUGUCUUUUGCACCUGGUGAAGUUCGCUUUGUUGAUACCAGUGACAUUCCUGCUUACAAGCAGCCCCCAUCUCGUGUAUAUAAAUGUUUGAAGCCGCCACCAAAUUGUAACUAGCUGUUUUCUUUCGUUCAGGUUAUUGUGUCUGCAUCUUCUGUUUCAUACUAGCUUCUUAUGAUGCUUUAUUGAAAGGGGAAAAAAUGUUAUGCUGAUAAAAUCUUAAAUUAUGAGAUGUCUGUGAGUUCAUAAAUGUAAGUGAAAGCUUAUGCAAGUGAUGGAAAUGGAAAAAAUGAAUUGAAAUAGAA